GUAUAAAUUAGUUAACACCCGAUAAUGUUAUUGAUGAACCGCAAUAAUAGACCACAAUAGAUUCAGAAUACAGUUGCCUAUUUUGGAAGCUUCAAGAUUGAUCUUAACCCAGUCCAUAUAAAGUUAUCUUAAAAUGUUACUCUCUACUAUCUUAUUGCUACUUAAUUUUUCAUUCAUCAGCACAUUUUCUCUUGUGGACCUAAAACCCGAAAUCGACAAAGACACCAACCUUUUAAUUUAUGCAAAGCUAAGAGAUCCGGAAACCGGAAAGGUCUGGAACAUGGAAGAAAAAAUAUCAUCUAAUGACACACUCAAGGGUAAAAUUGAUAUAACAUCAUCAGAUGGUCAAAUGAGUGUCUUUUAUUCAUUUGGUACAUAUGAUAACAACAAGCGUCUAGUGAUGUAUGACAACCAAUGUUAUGAAUAUAUUCACGGAUCCGAUUGGAAAACAUAUCUGCCUGGAGUAACCUCUAAAUUCAUCAAUCAAAUACUUCUCAUUGGACCUUCUGUAUUCUACCGACUUUCUGGUCUACACUGGUUGGCUGGCCAAGAUGCAGUUAUUAGAGGAAUCAAAAUGCACAGUGCAACAGCCGACUUAGCUCGAGUUAAUGAAAUAACUUUCUAUUACAAAACUCAACUGGAUCCAAGCUCUGGUGUUAAACAACCAAGCAGAAUCUUAUUGGCUAUACCAAACGAUAAAAAGGAAAUUGAGUCGUUUAUUUUGGAUCUUUACUUUAUCUCGCAAACAACUCGUCAAUUAGGUGAAUUAAUUCAACCUACACCAGGAAUAGGAUGUCCGAAUUACAUGAAUAAAAAAGGCAUAGAAUUUCCGUUACCGAGUGAUUCCAGUUUCCACCUUAUUUUUGAGGAAACUAUCAAUGAAUCAAAAAGGUUCUUGAAGGAGAUUCAUGUUGAUGAAACUAUCGAAACGUUACGAUCAUCAGAAAUAGCCAAUGGAUCAACACAUAAUUAUGUUUAUGAUUAUAAUCUUGGAGUCAGUUAUCAUUCGGAGCCGUUUAACAAAUCAAGUUCAUGCUCAAUUCGCCCAAUAGAGUUAACAGACCCUGGAAUUGGUGCAGAUGGAAAAUUUUCAGUUUCAGAACUGCUUUGGUUAAAAGGCUCAUACGAAUAUCUUGGAGAUGUUUAUUAUGAACAUCGAUCAAACUUCAAAACUUCAGUGUGGGAAUCAGUGGAUUACAAUAAAGCAUUACCCAGUGGUAAAUAUGAUAAAGUUGUGACAACUCAAUAUCUUGCUAAAGUUAUUAUCGAUAAUGAAUCUGUUGGCUACAAUACCGUUGGUGCCACUCGCAAUGCAUACAAGAAAGACCCUUCCGGAAAAUUUAUCUUGGUUGAUUCAAUUCGAAGAAAUUUUUACGAUUUUGGCACCGACCUGGACGAAUCUGCCUAUCAUGAAGCAUUUCAAAUUAGUGACUGUUUUCCUAAUGCAGAUCAAAGAUUAACUUUAACAUUUGUAUUGACAUGUGAAGAGGCCAAUUUGGACAUCGAGAGUUGCGUCAAGGCUUCAGAAGACAUGGUUUAUGAAUUGAGACAAUAUUUGGCCGACAAAAUUGUUAAAACUUACCAGAUUUCAUUUUUAAGAAUUGCUGAUAUUGUAUUUGUUUUCACUAAAGACUCAAUCAAAGCAGAUGUAACCUUUUUAGACGUCCCAUCCUUAAAAGAUUCUUUUAAAUAUACACUUCGUAAAAUAGACAUGAAAUCUAUCAAAAGCUCGACAACAACAGAUACAGCUGAAAAUGGUGAGGAGUGUCUCAAAUAUCAUUCAAGUAGCUAUCAAAGUCCACGGAUUUUGGUAUAUUGUGAAAGUAGUAAAGUAUGUAUAAGGACGGAAGAAGUAAAAACAGACUCAGAUGGUAUUCUUUGUAGAGUCUAUGAAUUCCCAAUGAAAAAUCUCUAUCGAUUUGGAAGUGAUGUUUCUCUCAAAAAUUUACACGACUCUGUCAUCAGUAGCCUUAGCCAUAGGAGUUUCAGCAUUCGACGAAAAUCUGCUUCUAGCCGAGGAAAUUUAUCUUAUAAAAUUGUCGAUAUCAUUGAAACAAAUGAAGCCAAAGACGAACAAAGCAAAAGGUUAUUCAAUGAAAUUCAAUCUUCUAAAAAGUUGACUGAAAUGGAUGGCCUGUAUGCUGUUUCGAUUCCUGAAGUUGCUAGUUUCAGUGAUUGUUAUCGUUCUUGUGCUGGAUCCGAGGUUAUUCCGUGUGAAAUAUUUACAUUCUGUCAAAAUGGAAAUGAAAAACAAUGUACUGUAACCAACAUGACAGAUUCACAAAUAGCCAGCUAUUUAACAACAGAUGAAAAUUGCAAAACCUUUGCAAAAAGUCAUUUAUCUGAUUAUUCAAUCAAACGUAAUAGGAAAUUCAAGAAAAAGACAACAACUUCGUUUGACUUUGAUCUAGAAAGAUGUGCCACCAACUGUUUUAAUUCAGAAGAUUGUCUCUCAUUCGAAUACUCUCAUGGCCAAUGUUCAUUUGGUGGCUAUUUUUCAGAAGAAACCACCCAGUACGCUUCCGAUUCAGAUAUUUAUACUCCCAAAGCAUCCAGAAAAUACGAAUUAACUGGAUCAAUGGUCGUUUAUGAAGUUUUGAAUACGGAACUGGAAUUAGAUAUUGAUCAAUGUGCAGCUCUUUGUGAUGAUUGGGAAUCGACUGGGGGUCAAGCGUGUAAAUCUUUCAAUUUCUGCCCUAAAGGAAUCAAAAAAAGUGCUUGCGAAUUAACUGCAUACUCGGUUAAAAAUCAGCAAACUCUGACCAACAAAUCAGAUAUUUGUCAUAACUAUGAAAUUAAAGUGCAACAUUUGCAUGAGGAAGAUUCAAAACAUCCCGAAAGUCUUGAAUUUAAAGCUGCAGGUGUAAAUUUUAAUGAGAGUUUUGGCUACGCAUUUUUAUUAACAAUCGUUGGUUUAUUCGUUGGAUUCUCUAUUCCAUGCUUAGUGAUCAAAGUUAAAUCUUCAAUGCGUAAUGGCUCUUCAAGAUGGACUAAACAAGUCGAAAUGGUUAACUGUGAUGAUAUUACCUUCUAAUUUAUUAUUUCCUUGACAAUCACUUAGAGUGUUUUUCAUUAAAAAUUUUUCUAAUGCAUAUUAAAUAUUUGUGUUUCA